GAUAUUCUCUCAAGUGUUGGAAAUGUUCUUGUAUCUGAUGAUCUCUGGCUCUCUUGCAGGUUGUUCGAGUUAGAGCCGGACUUAGUCUUCCUUUUCCAGUACAAUUCUGCUCAUUUCUCUACCGUCCAGGAAUGUCUAAGCUCCAGCGAGUUCAGUGAACACAUCCGCAAAGUUAUGACUGUUAUCGAAGCUGCGGCCACCAGCCUGGACUCGUUGUCCUCUCUGGACGAAUAUCUGACCGGCCUGGGACGCAAACAUCGAGCUACCGGCGUUAAGCUAGAAUCAUUCAAGACGGUGGGCGAGUCACUGCUCUUCGCUCUGGAAUCUGGUUUGGGAGAAUUGUUCACACCAGAGACCCGAGAAGCAUGGAGUCAGCUGUACGCUGUAGUGGUGGGUUCCAUGAGCCGCGGCUGGUACAGAGAACAGCAGGGUGAAUGA